AUUUAUCACGAUAUGGCUUGUUUCUCGUGAAAUAUUAAAAACAAAUUGGAAUCUCAAAAUUCUAAAGUGAAAUUUCGCGUAGUGAAUUUAAAUACGUCUGAAGUCGAUAAAUAACAGUUGAAGCAUGCACUCAAAUAUGUGCACUGUAUACAACACAUGAUAGUUUUGCGCAAAUAUUUGGCGUUUUGCUAUAUGCAAUUGCGUCAACAUUAGAAGAAUUAUCGCGGGACGCCAUGUUAAUGUUGAUUGUUUUGCAUUCAGAUUGUUUACGUUCAACAGUACAGAGAAUUAAAAGUUUUCAAGUCUAGAAUACCGUGAAAUGAAUGGUACUACAAUUGCAGUGAAUUGUAGUGUAAAAAAAUAAACAAUGGAGUUGGAUUCCAUGAAAAACUUGGAGUUGGAUAAAAUUUGUCGGAUAUGUCUAGCUGUGAAAAAGGAAAUGCGACCACUUUUUGGAGAAAUGGUAGCAGAAAUGCUGAUGGAGAUCGCUAGAAUACAUAUUGAGCAGAUGGAUGGAUGGCCCGAUAAAAUAUGUAUUCAAUGCAUUCAUCAGGUUAGUCGAUGUCAUGCGUUCAAAACACGAGUGGAGAAAUCGGAUAGCACAUUACGGCAGUAUAUAAAGGGAAUCACCGUUGUUGUGGAAGAAGAUAUGCCGAAGGAAAUCGCUCUAGAAGCUCAAAGACAGGCUAUUUCUCCUCAGAAGAUUCAGCAAAUUCAACCAAUUCAAGAAAUUCAUAUCCAGCGAACGGAUAUUCCAACGCUAGCUGAAGCACCUACUCCGACUAUGAUUUUGACCAAUGCACAGUUAUUAAAUACAGGAACCCAGAUCAUAAAUGCUGGUCAUUUAUUGACGACAGCGAGCGGACAGCAGAUUAUACAGGCACCUCAGUAUCACGCAGCACAAAUAGGACAAUUCAUCCAGAAUCCAAACAAUACGAUACAAAUGAUUACUCAUGGAGGUGCUCAUCCAGCGCAGAUUCUGCAAAUUCAAAGAACAGCUGACGAUCGCUGCGAAAUAAUUUUACAACCGGAGAUGACAGAGCAACAGUAUUAUGAAGAAAACAACGUAAUCUCCGUAAACCCAGUUCAAUCCGUCCCUGUUAUGAUGGCAGCUCCCACCACCACGUUACAGCAACACCACCAGAUAACGCACCAAGCGAUUCAACAACAUCAGCAUCACCAACAGCAGCAGCAGCAGCAUCUGCAAGAAGAAGAGCUUCAAGAGGAUGAAUUAGAAGAAUGUCAAGUUAAAGAUAGCUUAGAUUUUGAUUCUGGUGAACCAGAUGAUAGCCAAAAUGAAAUCGAAGAGAUAAUAGAUGAGGAACAACAGGACGAAGAAGAGGUGGAAAUGGAAUCUGAUGAUAAAUUCUACAUAACGGAUUGUGAAUCGGAUGACGAUGAGAAGAAAUUAGCUGAAUUCAUGACCUAUCAAACUUCUUGUCCCAGUCCUGGUCGAUAUGUAUGUAAUUUGUGUCGAAAAGAGUUCAGUCAACCUAAAUGGCUGCAGACACAUAUGUCCUCUCAUUCAAACUGGCUGAAGGCGAAUUGUAAAAAACAACCAGAAUGUGAGGUAUGUCAUAAAAGCUUCAGAGGACCUGGAAUGUUACGGAUGCAUAUGAAAACACACGAAAGGGCAGAUAGGCUACCAACAUGCUCCAUUUGUCAGAAAGAAUUUAAAUCCAAAUCAAUUCUUUAUCGACAUCGUCAAACCCAUUUCGAGAAAAACUUCGCAUGUACAUUAUGUGAUAAACGGUUUAGCUCCAAUUACCAACUGAACAUUCAUAUGCAACGCCAUAAAAAGCAAAAACCACAUAAAUGUCCUCAUUGCGAGAAAUCAUUUUAUAAUGCGUCCGAUCUCAAGGUUCAUGUAAAUCAGCACCUCGGCAUCAAAGUGAUACAGAUUAAGAAGGUUUCAGCUACUAGCUAAUCUUUUUACAUUGAACAAUCAUCAUAAAUCGGAGCUCACGUAACUCACUCUAACGAUGCUAGAGUUUUCGACUUAGCGGGUGUACAUUAGGAGGUGCAUCUUGAGCUAGAAACUAUCGAGGGUGAUUCACCCAUAGGUAAUGCAAUAUGAUGUCUGAAACCCUUCUUCGUGCUAAUUGAAAAAAAAUCUAUGGGAAGUGGAGAGUCUGUGUUUAGAGUCCAUCUUUUUUAUCUCGAAAAUAGCGUUUUUGUGCAAUGUCUUAGUUAGGAAAAGGCCCAGCUGGAAUUUUACUGUGCGAUUAAAUUCGAUAUACUUACCGUUAUAUAAAAACUGAGUAAAACUAGUGAAUACAUUUCGUUGUUACUUUAAUAUUUAUUCUAUAUUUAAAACACAAAUUUUCAUGUAAGUGCUUCAAGUUAACUAACGAUUUAAACUAACGGGAAUUACUGGGUUGUGGGGGAUGAUUUCCGAGAAGUGAAUCUAGUGAAAUAUGAUGUAUUGUCUAAGUUAUAGGUUAUUCUGAAUAUGUCCGAAUUCUUCCGUUCACUAAAGUAAUUUAUUAUUUUUAAUUAGGAAUUGUAACAUUGCAUUCUUUGCUAGCUUUCUGGUAAUAUCUGUUACAUUAAAAAUAUCGAAAUGCACAUUUUGUAUAAAUAAAAUCAUCUUUAUUAUUUCAA